GUAAUGUCUGGCACAGCAAGCUUAGUUCAUACUCUGCCGGCCAGUGGUGAUUCUAAUCAUCGUGGACUUCACAGCUUGAAAAAUUCGCGUCGUGCUGCCGAUAAUGAACCACUUCUUCGAUUUCGAGAAGCUAAAAAGGUUCUUGGGGAUGUCUAUGGAGAACUGAAAGACAAUGUGGCUGAACUAGAAGGUGUUUACAAAGAUAUUAAAGAGAACGACUUUGUUAGUUCUGAACAGCGGGAAGAAAUCGAAGCAAUUGGCGAUUCAAUCAAAACUAUAAUGGACACAUUUCAAAGAGAUAACAUGAAGGUUGUAUUUUUCGGAAGAACCAGCAACGGAAAGAGUACAACUAUCAAUGCGAUGCUUCAUGAGAAAGUGUUGCCCCAGGGAAUGGGACAUACAACAUGUUGCUUUCUGCAGGUUGAAGGUUCAGAAGGCGAAGUUGGCCAUCUACAAUUAGAUGAUAAUCCCCAAAAGAUUGAUAUGAAAAUGCUUGGAAAAAUUGGACACGCACUGAGUGACGAAAAUUCAGAUCUUCCGGCAAUGGGACAGGAUUCUCUUUUGAAAGUGUUUCAUCCAAAGAAAUCGGAAUCAGGGGAAUGCCGACUUCUUCAAAACGACGUCGUCAUACUUGAUAGCCCUGGUGUCGAUCUUUCUCCAGAAUUCGAUAGCUGGAUUGACAAACAUUGUUUAGAUGCAGAUGUAUUUGUGCUUGUAUCAAAUGCGGAAUCAACAUUGACACAAGCCGAAAAGAACUUCUUCCUUCGAGUCGCGAAGAAGCUUAGCAAGCCCAACGUAUUUAUUCUCAAUAAUCGAUGGGACGCCAGUGCAGCAGAAACAGAAAACAUCGAAGAUGUAAAAAAGCAGCAUUUGACGAGAUUCCGUCAGUUUUUGGUCGAUGAGCUUGAAGUGUGCUCAGAAAGAGAAGUCAAUGAUCGAAUCUUCUUUGUUUCAUCGAGAGAAGUUUUGGAAUCACGAUUAAAAGCUAGGGGACUGGUACAAAAAGCCUAUCAAGCAGAAGGUCAUGGCACAAGAGCCUUGGAAUUCCAAAAUUUCGAACGACAUUUUGAGCAUUGUAUCUCUCGAUCGGCGAUUCACACGAAAUUCGAAGCUCAUAACAGGAGAGCUCAUGAAAUGAUCGGAAAAAUGCGGCUCAAUCUGAAUAGCGUGCUAACCUCUGCAGCUGAGCAGAGAAGCAAGCUUCAGAAUAAUCUAAACGAAUCCACCAGGACUUUCAAUGAAUGCCGUGUAAACUUCACUCAAUUUGAAAAAGCUUACCGUGAGCAGACAGAGCAACUGCGAGCCGAAGUUCAUCUGAAAGUUUCUGCUGAUUUCUUUGAAGAAAUAGCACGACUUGAUGCAAUAAUUGAUCGAUUUGAACAACCUUUCGAUGGAAGCUCUUCCGGAAUGACAAAGUAUAAAGAGGAUUUGGCAAUCUUUGUGGACAAAUGUUUGAGCAGUGAUUUGGAAGCUAGAUGUACCGGUGGCCUAAUGUCAAGAAUUUGGAAUUUGGAGAAUGAUAUGUUCCAAUAUGUGACAAAAAUCCUCGCCGAACCUUAUCAGAAUAAGCUUGAAGAAGUGUGGCGAUAUCGUGCUCCUUUCAAAUUUAGCAUUUGUGUCGAUGUCCCUGCUCUUGUCAAUGAUUUCCAUGAAGACCUCGAGUUCCGAUUCACAUUUGGUCUACACGCAAUAAUUCGUCGCAUCAUUGCGUAUCGAAGCGGCCAACCUGUCACUGCAAUCAACACCAAUUUGCUUACUCCAUUAUCACUAAAACAACAAUCCGAAAAGAAUUCAGUGAGAGAUGCAGAAGCUUCUGCAGCUUCCGAAGAACAGGCAAUGAUGACUCAAAUGGUUUUGACAUCAGCCGCAUUUUUAGCAAACGGAAGUCUUGGAGUGCUAGUUGUUGGUGGUAUUGUGUAUAAGGCUGUUGGUUGGAGAGUAAUUGCUGUCGGAGGAGCGGCCUACGCUGGACUAUAUGCAUGGGAACGAAUGCGCUGGAAUUCGGGAGCCAAGGAACAACAUUUGAAAGAACAGUUCAGAUCACAUUUAGCUGCUCGAAUGCAACAAGUUUCAACAGCUCAUACUCAUCACUGUGAAACACAAGCUAUCAGAGAAAUGGACCAAGUCUUUGACGGAUUGAAAGCAACUGUUGGUGGAGUCCAUAGAGAAAUGAAAAACGAUUUGGAUGUACAGAAGACACAAAUUGAUGCAGUUGAUUCAACAAUUCGAACAUUGGGAACAAUCAAAGGAAAAGCAGUGUUUCUUCUCCGAAAUCUCGAACAAUUUGCAUCUUCUUAUCUCCGAUCGGACUCUCCGCCAACGCCAUGAAAAUGACUAGUCUGAAUUUAACUAAUUUUGGUGCUUUUCCCCUUAUUCACUCAGUCCUAUAGCUUUUAAUUCGAACGAUUGGUAAUCGGUUCAAUGUAGAUAUUUUGAUGAGCUGUUUUCUCGUUAUUUCUAGACAAUUUCAGUAGUUUUAGUGUUUUGAUUAUGAUACUUCUAUGAGACGAAUAAUAAUUCGAAUAAAUUUUUGUCGUUUG